CCCAUCUACGGAUUCAAUAAUUAGUCAAUGCUUGUGGAAGGAGUCCUCAAACUCAAUGUAGCAUUCGGCUCAGGUCAGACGUAUGUCACUCCCUUAGUUCGGUUCUUGGUAGUGAAGAUGGUGUCAUCUUUUAACAUCGUCAUUGGAAGACCAACUCUCACCGAGAUUCGAGCUGUUGUCUCACAGUUCCACCUUUGCAUGAAAUUCCUUACCCCCAUGGGAGUCGCAACUCUGAGAGGCAACCAAGAGGUGGCCAGGCACUGCUACAUGACCUUGGUCACCCGACCUUGGAAGGAUAAGCAAGAUGAAGCCAAAGCCACCCCAGCAGAAGAGGUGGAAGAGGUACAGCUCGACGACAAUGAUCCCACUAAGAAGACGAUACCCACCUUAGUUGCAGUACAUAAACUAAGCACUUAUCCUUUGAAGAAGCCUGUAGCACAGAAGAGACGUCUGUUUGGAGGAGAGAGACUGGAAGCAAUUAGGGGAGAAGUGCACAAACUUUUGCAGGCAGGGUUUGUAAGAAGGGUAGACUAUUGUGAAUGGGUUGCUAAUCUUGUUUUAGUUAAGAAGUCAAACGAAAAAUGGAGAAUGUGCAUUGACUACACAAAUCUAAUUGAGGCUUGCCCAAAGGAUUGCCAUCCCUUGCCAAGUAUAGAUAAAUUGGUGGAAGCUGCAUCCGGAAAUGAAAGGCUUAGUCUUUUAGGUGCUUACUCGAGAUAUCAUCAAGUCCACAUGGCACUCGAGGAUGAGGUGAAGACCUUCUUCUACGCAGAUCUUAUAGAAGUCGGAGUGCUCGGGCAAACUUAUCAAGCCAUGAGAACGUCAAUUCUGAGACUGAACUUUGGACCCCUCUAUGUCGAUGGGUCAUCAAACAGUAAAGGGUCGGGUGCUAGAGCAGUGUUGAUAAGGCUAGGGAACUUCCGAAGUGAGCAUGCCCUGAAAUUCAAUUUCGAAGCAACAAAUAACAUGGCCGAGUAUGAGGCAUUUCUCCUCGGAUUUCGCUUGGCAACAGAGUUGCAGGUGAUGGAGGUCAGUAUCAAUCUUGAAACCCCUAGUUGGAUUGAUCCCAUUCAAGCUUAUCUCCGGGAUGGGAUUGUCCCCAACGACAAAAGAGAAGAGAUGAAGUUACGAAGAAAAGUAUCUCGGUACACCUUGGUGGAUGGUGUCUUGUGUAAGAGGUCAUUCUCACUUACUCUUCUUUGUUGUUUAACCCCUUAUGAGGCUAAGUACGCUCUUCGCGAGGUGCAUGAAGGUGUAUGUGGGAAUCACAUCGGAGCUCGGACCCGGGCCCAUAAGAUACUUCGAAUGGUUAAGCCUGUCAAUAAAGCCAUCUUGGAAGGCAUCAAACCGAGGCUAGAUCAGGUCAAAGCCAAGUGGGCAAACGAGCUCAACAAUGUUCUAUGGGCUUACCGAACUACGAGCCGAACAGCCACAGGCGAAACGCCCUACCACUUGGCUUUUGGGACUGAGGCAGUCAUUCCUGUCGAAAUGGGCGUCCCAAGCUUAAGAGUGACCCAUUUUGACGCAACUUGAAAUGAGCAAUUGCUCAGAGAAAAUCUUGAUUGCUUAGACGAAGUCCGCGAGGAAGCUCGACUUCAGACAUUAGCAUAUUAGCAGAAAUUGGCCAACUCAUAUAAUAGACGAGUUCGACCUCA